CUCUGUGAAAGAGAAAAAGUUGGCGAUGAGUUCACAGUGACGCCGUCCGCGGCAGGAUCAGCGUCCAGGGAUGGCAGUUUGGACCCGAGCGGACAAAAACGGUCAACUGGACCUUCUGCUUCGCGACCGCUGGAUCCGAGUGGCCGCCGAACUCACCCGGGAAACGCUGACUUUGACGGCCGAAGCGGAGGCAGUCGCGCAGGGGAGCAGCCACUGGGACUACAGCAACUCCUCCGCGGGCCUGCGAAAUGGCAUGUCGAACGGAAACGAGCCCGGCCACGGUCCGUCCUCGGGCAAAGACCAACUCCAGAACCAGAACUUUGGGGGUCGGGGGCGCAGUGGCAGCCCGGGGCGCGGGGGUGUCGGUGGGGGUCAAUACGACGGCAAUUUUGGCUUAAACAGCCACGGGAAGUGCCCCAACAACGGCACGAACUCUGACUUUGGCAGCCCGAGCUCCAGCUACGGCAGCCCCGGGUCCAGCUUUGGUUCGAGGCAGGGCGACUUCCCCGUCGGUGUGGACGGUUCUUCCGAAGCUGUGAGGAAAGUUCGAGUUGUCAAACAGGAGUCCGGCGGGCUGGGGAUCAGCAUCAAGGGGGGGCGCGAGAACAGGAUGCCCAUCCUCAUCUCCAAGAUCUUCCCGGGGCUCGCGGCGGACCAGAGCCGCGCUCUGCGGGUGGGCGACGCGAUCCUGUCGGUCAACGGGAACGACCUGCGGGAGGCGACGCACGACCUGGCGGUGCAGGCGCUGAAGAAGGCCGGGAAAGAAGUGACGCUGGAGGUGAAGUACAUCCGCGAGGUUUCUCCGCUCUUCAAGAAGCCGUCCUUGGUGGCCGACCUGCCGUGGGAUGGCAUCCGCCCACAGUCACCCAACUACAGCGGCAGUGACGACUCGGGGUCACCCAAACACAGCAGCUCCUCCUCGUCCAGAGACAGGAAGGUCAUCAGCCUGAGGAUGUGCUUCAUCAGCAGGAAUCUCACCAUACCAGAUCUGGAGAACAGGCUGUUGGAGCUCCAUUCCCCAGAUGGCCAGCACACUGUGGUGCUGCGCUGCAAGGACGCCCCCAGUGCCAACUCCUGGUUCACUGCCAUCCACACCAACAUUGCUGCGCUGCUGCCACAGACGCUGGCUCACAUCAAUGCCUAUCUGGGGGCAACGUCUUCCUCCUCGACACACCCUGAUCUCAAGCACAUCGGCUGGUUGACCCAGCAGGUGCAACUGGAAGGUGGACGGCAGCAGUACAGACCUUUGGUCAUGGCGCUGACGGAGAAGGAUAUGCUUCUGUUUGAAUCUGUGCCAUGGAACAGGGAGUCCUGGUCUAUGCCUCUGCUCACACACCCGCUGCUCGCCACCAGGCUGGUUCAUUCUGGCAGUGCUCGUGGUUCUCCUGCCCAGGGUUCAGAACUGGUGUUCGCCACUCGUACAGGGACGGGCCGGGGCAUCGAAUCCCACGUCUUUCGAGUUGAGAGCCACUGGGAUCUGUCGACAUGGACGCGAGCUCUGGUGCAGGGGGCACACGCUGCUGCUGAGCUCAUCAAAGAAGUCUCCAUUGGUUGCACGUUGAACAGGCAGGAUGUUCGUUUGACUCUGCACUAUGAGAAGGGCUUCACUGUGACUAGAGACCUGGCCGACCCAACCGGAGGCGCUGUGCUUUACCGAUACCCCUAUGAAAAGCUGAAAAUGUCCGCUGAUGAUGGAAUACGCAACCUGUACCUUGACUUUGGCGGUCCAGAGGGAGAAAUGGUAUUUGACCUCCACUCGGGUCCGAAGCCAGUGGUGUUUGUCCUCCACUCUUUCCUGUCAGCCAAGCUCACUCGUAUGGGCCUAAUGACGUGAAGCGGCGACAUGGAUGACAGGAUGGACCAAGGCUCCAUGGGAAUGACCAGGUGUCCUUCAAGAUGCUGACAACGGGGCUUAUUUUUAAUUUCAUUGGAUUUUUUUUCAUUUUCUCCAUUCACAGCAGGAGUUAGACCACAGAUAGUUGUGUUGAUGCUCGUCUCCAACACGUGCCUUCUCCUCCAGCGUCUCACCUCCUCGCGUUGUAAAAUUGGGCAAAAAAAAGGUGGCACUUUGUUUUAAAGAUGUUUUUAAAAAUUGCUUGUGUCAUUUCAAUGUGUUUAAGUGUUUCUAAUAUGACCAGCCAAGCUGCCGUGCACAAUGUCCAGUGCACUUCAAAGUGUUGUUGAAAAGUACAGAGGGAAGGAUUGAACCAAGCACAAAGUGGUGAAUGCUCUGUUUUGAUCUUCUGCCUUCCAUUCCACAGCAGCCUUCCAGUGAACUUUGGGCUCACUGGUAUUUGUACUUGUAUUUGAGUCUGAAUGCAGUUAGCAGAGACUGCCUGUGUCUCUAUACUACAUGCUUGUGUUGGCUUGAUAGUGUGACUGCUGCCUCGCACUCUCACCUUAUAGCACAUUAUCCCAAACUACUCUUGUAAUCAGGAUUUACCAACGGUGCCUUUUUACUCGUAGUCAGAGACGCUCUUUGUAACGUUUCCUUUUUUGUUCCAGCAUAAGAGACAUUUUGGCCAUAAAAAGGCAUUAGUAUUACUCUUAUAUUGUAAAUGUUACUUUGUAUUGUGUGUAUCUCCAUGAUUCCCAGACUUCCUUGCGUUGAACUGUGUAUCAUAUGAAGAUAUCGGACAUGAGCGUGUGUUACCGCCCUCCCUUCACCUACACUACUGCCUUAGUCAUUGCUCUGCUUGACAUUACUCGUCUCUUGUUACUAUUCUCACAGCAUCAAUUGUCCAGUGACCAUUUGUUUGGGGUCUCACAUAACGCAGGUACCAGUGUAUUGUGUAAGCGAAACUGUAGUAGUACAGAUAUAAAGAAAUGUAUUGACUUAUUACAUUAGUUUCCUACCAGAAUAAUGUUCAUUUAGAAAAUUCUCCUCCUUCUUGUCUUGUUAUUUUGUUGUCUUACAAAGACAAUCCAGCCUAGUGCACUUAUUUGUCCACUUGCUGGUUUGCUUAAUGAGCUACUUCUCUCUUUGCUGAGUUUUCAUCACAUUGACAAACAAUGCAACUUGCGCUAACUGGUGUUGUACAGCAUAUUGUGCUGUAGUGGCAUUAGUGGGAAAUGUUGACUUCGUUCUCAUUCUUUUUCUACGGUCGUUUCCUAACUCCAAAUUGAGACUCUGGCUGCUUUCAUUAGUCACAUUUGACCGAGAGCAGCUUGUUGUUUUUAACAUGUGAGAUCUCAUGACAAGUGAGCAAAUUCAAUUUGAAGGUGGAGAUGGUGAGCUGCAGUGUAAAGGUUGUAAAUGGACCAAGAGUUGAGGCUUUUUGACAAGCUGCUGUCCUCAAAUGCAAAAGGGAACUUCUACCCUCCUAUAAAACCUGACUUGAACUUGCCUCCCAUGACUUCAUGAUAAUUGCUGCUUGUGAAUCUCAUCAUACAUUUUUUUUAAUCUCUAACAACAAAUAGAGGUAAAGUUACCAAGAUGAUCACAACCUUUCUCCCUUCAGUUUACUUGUGUGCAGCAUGACUGUAAUUAACACAAGUUCAUGCCCUUCACUUAGUUCAUGGUACAUGUUUCCUCUGUUGUCCUUUCGACCUGAAUGUAUCUCUGUGUGCACCAUUGGCAAACAAGAAAAACAGAAGGAUCCCAGUCUGAAAGACAUCUGUUCUAUCUUCUCAUUCCAUGUUAACCAUGUUUGUCUGUAUCGCUGCACAAUUUUAAUUGUAGAAAAUUUCUCACCCUUCCUUAAACCACAAACCUUGAUGCACUAACCUAUCAAAAUUGUUGAACUUGUGAAUGUACCUUUUUCCUUCUGCAAGUAAUCAGAAAGUCUCUUUUUAUUGUGUGCUCUCCUGUCUAUGCAAAGCAGUGCUUCAGAGAACGGUUUUAUUAACCAAAGUUAAUAUUUGUGGCAGCUUGCGUCCAACACAAUCAUUAGAUAGAAAAGGCUGAAGUGCUGCUGCAAUAAACUCUCAUAUGCAAAGUAUUUUAGACUCCUUUCCCAGAUACAGUAUGCUAUGUAUGGUAGCAUGGUAAUAAUGUCAAAUGUAAAUACCUACUAAUAAAACUGUUACAGACUA